AUGGAGAACGGGGUCGGCGCGUCGAAGAAUAACCUAUUAGUGCUAGGGACUGGCCCGAAGAAAGUGGAACCGGUUCCGGAAGAGAUGCCGGAAACGGAAGCGGAUGCUAUACUGGAGGCUAUUGUGGAGUCUCAGGCAGAAGAAGCCAAGCCUGGCCCGGAAGUUCUAUCUGGAAUUGCUGAGCGUCAACUGGAAUCCCCGAAACUUGAAGAAGUCCCGAAAAUCGAUUCCCCUGUUGAAAAAGACUACCAGAAAGAGCUGCCGAAGCUGGUGAUGAGCGCACAGCAUCCGGAUUCUCGCGCAAACGAUUCACCAGCUGCCGAGACUCCUGUCGAUCCGAGGUCCAAAUUCAAAUUUCCGUUGAAGCCCGCUAGGAAAAUCAGCAAAGAGAGGCAUACAAGUUGGAAAGAUGAUGUUCAUAUGGAAGCCCCACCCGCUGAGCCGAUAAAAGAAGAAGCCGACGCCGUUUUCCGUUUCACCCCCAAGAAGCAAGUCUCGAUUUUGGUCAGCAAGCCACCGUCGGAUGAGAACAUCCCAGAGCGACGGCGUCUAAUGGGCGACGCAAUUGCCCCAUCCGAUUCCGCAUCGAAUUAUGAUGAGAAAACGCCACUUCUAGCUUCGACUUCCCUCCCAACCGUGUGUGGUGAUGAAACCCUUCCCAUCCACCCAACCAGUCUCGAGCCCUCCGUUUUUGAUGAGCCAAUUUCGUCGGCGAGAUCCGAAGGCUGGGGUCCGACAAAUCCGCGGCGACAGCGUAGAAGAUCAAGGUUAAGGAGUGAAAAUGCGCUGGAACCCUCGAAAGCACGCCCGUUCAUCGCCAGUCCAUUCAUGCCUAUGCUACCUGUUCGGAAGAGUACAAUUGAUUUGGAAAGGAGGUCGACACUGACAAGGGAACCCAGAUCCUAUGGAAGUGUCCGAAAUGCAACCCGCCGAAUGGAAGAGGUACCGAUUCUGCCGAGAGCAGCCGAAGAAAGCGAAACCGAAAGUGAAUCCGAGAUUUCGCGGAAGGGGUCUUUUCUCGCGUUGUCUUCCCGGGAUUGGAUUACGGUAACGAUGUUGGCUAUCGCGAAUUUGUGCAGCACGAUUGCUUUCAGCUGUAUUGCUCCGUUUUAUCCGGCUGAGGCGGCCCUGAAAGGAAUGUCAGAAGCGGAAACCGGCAUCGUUUUCGGCAUUUUCGAGCUGACGAUGUUCAUCUGCGCACCACUUUUGGAAAGUUUA